CUGGGAGACCGGAUAUAGGGAAUGCAGAGGUCCUGGGAGACCGGAUUUAGUGAAUGCGGGGUCCUGGGAGACCGGAUAUAGUGAAUGCGGGGCCCUGGGAGACCGGAUAUAGUGAAUGCGGGGUCCUGGGAGACCGGAUAUAGUGAAUGCGGGGCCCUGGGAGACCGGAUAUAGUGAAUGCGGGGCCCUGGGAGACCGGAUAUAGUGAAUGGCCGGGGUCCUGGGAGACCGGAUAUAGUGAAUGGCCGGGGUCCUGGGAGACCGGAUAUAGUGAAGGCCGGGGUCCUGGGAGACCGGAUAUAGUGAAUGCCGGGGUCCUGGGAGACCGGAUAUAGUGAAUGCCGGGGUCCUGGGAGACCGGAUAUAGUGAAUGCCGGGGUCCUGGGAGACCGGAUAUAGUGAAUGCCGGGGUCCUGGGAGA